CCCAACUCAAAUACCAAUACAAAGAGUUACAAGCGGCCUCAUUUUCUCAUCAUCUUCUUCCCCUCAUCAUCAGAUCUUAUAUUUCUCUCUCGGAGUUAAAGGUAUAACGAAAGGGGUAAAUAGAUAGCGGGGUUUAGGUUUGAGUCUUUUUUGCAUCCGAAUUUGCUUGAUAUUAGAUUAAAAAUGGCGAAAAGUGUGAGCCCGGAUGCGGUUUCGGUCAUAUUAGCAAACCCAUCACCGGAUUCCUCUUCGGAUCUUCCUGAGAUCGUUGUUCAGAUUCUGGAUCUCAAGCCCACCGGCAACAGAUACAUGUUCACAGCCAGUGAUGGGAAGAUGAAACUCAAGGCAAUGCUGCAAUCUGGUUUGUCAUCUGAAGUCAUAUCUGGAAACAUUCAGAAUCUAGGCCUUAUCCGGAUUCUUGAUUAUACUCUCAAUGACAUCCCAACCAAGAAUGAGAAGUACUUGAUUGUGACUAAAUGUGAGGCAGUCUCUCCGGCACUUGAUGCUGAAUACAAGGCUGAUGGUAAUACUGUUGAGACUGGAAUUCUGUUGAAACCAAAGGAGGAAUUGAUGGCUAAGGUGAAUGUUGAAAGUGGAGGACCGGGGAUAGUUUUGAAGCCUAAGCCAGAAAUUGUGGCUAAAUCAGCUGCACAGAUUGUGCAUGAACAGACUAGAAAUAUGGCACCUGCUCGAAUGGGAAUGAACCGCAGAAUUUACCCACUUCUAUCAUUAAAUCCCUAUCAAGGAAUGUGGACCAUAAAGGUUCGUGUAACUUCGAAAGGAAACAUGCGUACAUACAAGAAUGCCCGAGGGGAAGGCUGUGUCUUCAAUGUUGAGUUAACAGAUGAAGAUGGUACACAAAUACAAGCUACAAUGUUCAAUGAGGCUGCUAGAAAGUUCUAUGAAAAAUUUGAGUUGGGGAAGGUCUAUUACAUAUCAAAAGGAAGCCUUAAAGUUGCUAACAAACAGUUCAGCACUGUAAAAAACGAUUAUGAAAUGACAUUGAAUGAAAAUUCAGAAGUUGAGGAGGUGAGCUCUGAAGCUGCAUUUGUCCCCGAAACAAAAUUCAACUUUGUCCCAAUUGAUGAAUUGGGUCCCUAUGUCAAUGGGAGGGAACUUGUUGAUGUAAUUGGCGUCGUCCAAAGUGUAUCUCCCACAGUAAGCAUAAGAAGAAAAAGUGACAACGAAACCAUUCCUAAGCGUGACAUAACAAUUGCAGAUGAAACGAAGAAGACUGUUGUGGUGUCUCUUUGGAAUGAUUUGGCUACCACUGUUGGACAAGAGUUACUGGAUAUGGCUGAUAAAUCACCAGUUGUUGCAAUCAAAAGCUUACGGGUUGGAGACUUUCAAGGUUUAUCUUUAUCUGCAAUAAGCAAAAGCAUCCUCUCGGUGAAUCCGGAUGUUCCUGAAGCAAAGAAGCUAAGAAAUUGGUUUGACUCUGAAGGGAAAGAUACUGCUUUAGCCUCUGUUGGUGCUGGCUUAAGUCCUAAUACCAAAGGUGGAGGACGAUCUAUGUAUUCUGACAGAGUGUUCCUUUCUCAUAUUAUCAGCAAUCCUUCCUUGGGAGAAGAUAAGCCUGCCCUUUUCAGCUUAAGGGCUUACGUGAGUUACAUCAAGGCUGAUCAGACAAUGUGGUAUCGGGCAUGCAAGACGUGUAAUAAGAAAGUCACGGAAGCUAUUGGAUCUGGAUACUGGUGUGAAGGAUGUCAGAAGAAUGAUACAGAAUGCAGUUUGAGGUACAUUAUGGUUCUAAAAGUAUCGGAUGCUAGUGGUGAAGGUUGGCUCUCCGUUUUCAAUGAUGAAGCCGAAAAAAUACUUGGUUACUCUGCAGAUGAGCUUAAUAAGCUGAAACUUGAGGAAGGUGACAGUAGUUACCAAAUGAAGUUGAAGGAAGCUACAUGGGUUCCUCACCUUUUCCGUGUUAGUGUCACUCCACAUGAGUACAACAACGAGAGAAGGCAGAGAAUAACGGUCAGAGGUGUUGCGCCCGUUGAUUAUGCAGCUGAAUCCAAAUAUUUGGUAGAAGAAGUUUCCAAAAUGAAGAUUUGAUAAUGUGGUAAUCUGCUUUGGCAAGAGCCCAGAGGUGUUUAGCUUUUCACUUUGAGUCUUCAUUUUGAUGAAGAAUCUGCUUAGACUUUGAGUAGCUCUCCAUGGCUGAUGUUAUUAUUACAUCAGCUCUUGUAAAUUAAAAUAUGUUCUUUUGAGUAGUGCAGUAGUGGCGAAUAGAACUGAAACACCAGGCACUUGACUAUUUCUGCUAUCCAAUUUCAUUUUUGCUUUUCAGUUUGCAUCGGCAAUUGGCAUCCACUAUUUGGAGUAAUUGCCUUUAUGUCUUGUAUAUUUGUUCAACGCUAAUGUAACUUUCAGCCUUUCAGGUUUUUGAAUUGUUUUUUAUUCUAAAAGAAGACUUGC